UGCAAGUCUGAUCAAGCUUGCUGGCCGAGGAGUAAAGUGGACCCCAUGGCCAACCACAGAUUCAGUUCCGUGUCCGAGGAGGAGAAACCCUGCUGCGGCAUUUCCAGAAAAGCCCAGAUCUGUCUCUGCGUCCUUUUUAUUCUCCUGAUUGUGGUGGGCAUCGCGGUGCCGGUCGGGAUCCUGAUGUGGCGCCAGCCGCCCAAGCACAAGGAGUGGAAGGGGCCGGGCACCACUGCCCAUUUUUACGAGAUCCUCCUGGGACGGUGCUACACGUACACUCAAGUCGUGCGACCUGAGCAGCGACAUACAGACUGCCAAAAGAUAGGGAAGGCAUUCACAAGUGCAUUUCUUUCGAAGGACCCUUGUGGCAGUACAGAACAGGACUAUCGGCCACUAAUGGAACUGACAACUCAAAUUGUACCUUGUGACAAGACCGUCUUUUGGAGCAAAUCAAGUGAGCUGGCGCAUGACUACACGCGGGUCCAGCGGGAUAUGUACACCCUGGAGGAUACACUGUUGGGUUACAUGGCGGAUGGCCUCAAGUGGUGUGGAGACACAAGCUCUUCUGAAAUGAACUAUCAAUCUUGUCCACACUGGAGGGAAGACUGCAGCAAUAACUCUGUUUCCGUAUUCUGGAACACAGUGUCCAAAAGGUUUGCAGAAGAUGCCUGUGGUGUGGUCCAUGUGGUGCUCAAUGGGUCCAUCAGUAACACCUUUGAUGAGAAAAGCACUUUUGGACGUGUGGAAGUCUUUAAUUUGCAUCCAGAGAAGGUUCAUACUCUAAAGGCCUGGGUGAUGCAUAACAUCGAAAGUGUCCCCAGUGACUCAUGCUCAAGUUCCUCCGUGAAUAAUCUGAAACAGAUUCUCAAGACAAGGAAUAUUAUAUUUAUCUGCCAGAAUAACUACAGGCCUGUCAGGCUUCUUCAGUGUGUGAAAAAUCCUGAGCACUCAUCCUGCAAAUAUAACUUAUGAGCCAAUCAGCGUGGUCGUUUUGGAUCUUUGAGCCUUGUAUACAUCAGCAUGCGUGACUCAGGAGACAUGCUGCUGGGAAGCUGAGGACUUGGGGGGCAUCUUCUGUCAUCCUGCCAACACUAGAGCUGGAAGUACUUCCCCCAAAGAUUUAAAAUAACUUAUAUUAUUGACAUAGUUUUUUAUUUUGAUUUCCUAAUACUCAUGAAAAAAUUAUGGUAUAAAAUUAGAAUGAAGAUUUUAUAUUAAGUUAUUUCAUUUUCAUUUUCAUAGGUGCUUUUAUGUUGUUUAUAUGUUGGUAGCAUCCUUUCUGUGGAGAGUGACCAUACCAAACCUCUCUUAUUGGUGUAGAUUAUUAAGAGAAACGUUUUGAAGAAAUUUUACAUUUCUGAAUGAGUGACCUUGUCUCAGGAUAUAUUUUUGUACCCUUUCUACAAAUAGUUAAAUAUAAAUGCCAUGGUUAUGGGUCAUGUUGGGAAAAGAAUUCUGUAGGAUAUAAACUACCCAUGUACUUUACCUCCCCCUCUUCCAAUAGUCCUAUGAGGUUGGUACUGUUAUCUCCUGUUUGUUAGAUGAGAAAUGGAAGUUCAGAGAGGAUAUGUAAUUUGCCUAAAGUCAUUUAUUUAGUUCAAGGUAGAGGCUGGAUUUCAACUCAGCUCUAUCUGACUCCAAAGUAUAUGUGCUCUCUUUCUAGGCCUGUAAUACCAGCUGACAUGCUUUAUGUUCUCUUCCAAUAAAUGCAUGUUGGAUUAUAUU